AUGGCCUCCAGCCUCAGUGUCUCGUUCCUGGUCUUGUGCGCCCUCAGCUUGGCUCAGGCCCAGCUCAGGGUCUUCGAUCUUCGAGCCAGCGACCUUCCUUACGACAUUUUUGGAAUCACAGACGCUUAUGUCAAGGUGUACGUUGGCACGGCCAGCCUGGGGAAGACCGCUACUCGUGCAAACACCAUCCACCCCUGGUGGGAGGAGGAGUUUACCUACUUCCAUGCUCAGGAGAACGACAUCCUGAAGCUUGACGUCCACGACGCCGACCUGCUCUUUCAUGAUCUGGUGGGGAGCUGCGAGCGUCAGCUCAAGCCUGGGACCUAUCAUUAUGACUGCCAUCUAGAAGAAGGAGGCACCCUUCACUACUCCUACACCCUCGACCAGUAGGCCGACAUCUCGGUAUAACAUGGUCAACAUCCAUUACUCCCACUCUUUACAUUCAUCAAUGAUGUGGUUUUAGGUUCAUGGAUAUUAAAAAGAAAUAAACUCCCC